GGCUCGGCGGUUUGUUGUCGGAAGCGCGCUGGUGUUUCUGGCUCCCACCGUGCGGGUCUGCCAACUGUGGUAGUGGCACUUGUCUACGAGUACCGGCGAACGACAGAUGGCGAGCGCAGCCGCAGUCCCCAGCCUGGCUUCGCCUGUGGAGCAGCUCCGGCACUUGGCGGCGGAGCUGAGGUUGCUCCUGCCCGGCGUGCGGGUCGGCGAAGCCCGGGAGACCACCGAGGAGUUUGAUCGGGAGCUGUUUUGGAGAAGACUCAAUGAAGCAGCAGUGAAAGUGUCCGGGGAGGCCAUGACUCUGACCACAGUCUUCUCGCGACUUCCAGCGCCUUCUCUACAGGAAACCCAUACAAUCUGUGAGCAAGUCCAGGCUGCCAUCAAAGCAAUUAUUGCAGUAUACUAUUCACUUCCCAAGGAUCAAGGGAUCACCCUGAGAAAGUUGGUACGGAGCUCUACUGUGGACAUUGUGGAUGGCAUGGCUCAGCUCCUGGAAGUGCUUCUCAUCACUCCAGCUCAGAGCACUGACAACAAUGACCUUAUUUCCUGCAACAAUGUUUGGGUUGCGUGCCAGCGGGUGCCUCGGAUACCAAGAGAUAACAAAGCUGCAGCCCUUUUAAUGCUGACCAAGAGUGUGGAUCUUGUGAAGGAUGCACAUGAAGAAGUGGAGCAGGCUGUGGAAGAAUGUGACCCUUACUGUGGCCUCUUGAAUGAUUCUGAGGACAACCCUGACACUGACAACCACAAUGAGGAUAAUGUGUUGGGAUUUCCAAGCAAUCAGGACUCAUAUUGGUCAGAGGAAGACCAAGAGCUCAUAAUUCCAUGCCUUGCACUAGUGAAAGCAUCCAAAGCCUGCCUGAAGAAAAUCCGGAUAUUAGUGGCAGAAAAUGGGAAGAAGGAUCAGGUGACCCAGCUGGACGACAUUGUGGAUAUUUGUGAUGAGAUCAGCCCCAGUGUGGAUGAUUUGGCCCUGAGCAUAUAUCCACCUAUGUGCCACCCCACUGUGCGAAUCAAUUCUGCAAAACUCGUAUCUGUUUUAAAGAAGGCACUUGAAAUUACAAAAGCAAGUCAUGUGACCCCUCAGCCAGAAGAUAGCUGGAUCCUUUUACUCAUUAGUGCCAUUGAUCAUUGCAUGAACAGAAUUAAGGAGCUCACUCAGAGUGAAAUUGAAUUAUGAGUUUCAGGCUCAUCCUUCUCUUUCCCUCUCACUGUCACAGCCAGGCUCGAUGUCUGCUUUUAAAAAUGGAACUAAAAUACUUGCUGGAUGGAAAGGAAUUCUAUAUUUAAUAAGAGACUCUAUUACCAGAGAUCAUUGGCUAGGCCUUGUUGGCAAUUAUUUAUAAAUGCUAUGAGUGUGAUAUAUUUUUUGUGCUAACUACAAAAGUUAAUUGCCUAAGUGUAUGUUCCCGAACUAUCUCUCAGAGAUUCCUGGGGAAUCUGCCUUAUUCUUUAUUUGCAAUAAACUAUAUUGUUUCAUUGUUAAAGAUGUCAAUGGUCUCAAUAAAAUGCUAACCUACCAGUGAUUAAA